UGGAGUGUCAUUUCGGUGUUGAGGCAUUCAGAGAGGCAACCUUUGCAGAUAUUUCGGUAUCAAGAAGAAUCUAAGCCAGGCAUCGCCAUGAAGUCCAUUAUAUUUGGUCUCUUCAUCUGCCUCGUCGCCGCGCGAGUGCCGAUGAAUCGACUCUACGCAAGUCAGAUUCAAGCGGGAGAAGAAAAAACUUGGAACAUUGAGGAGAACAUUUCAGAACACGCAAAAAAUGCUCAAAUGUCACGAGGGAUAACAUAUCAGGACAACACAACGAUAUGCUUCACCUGUCAAUUUGAUGUUGCAUACCAAGCCGGCACUGGGUGUGUGACGUGUGACAAUGACCCGCUCCAAAAGCAUUGCGCAGCCUCUACGACUCCCUAUAUAAACAUGACCUUCACCGAGAACUCAAAAGUUCUGUUUUGCAUGACUGAAAUGUCGCACUUCGCCUAAACACACCGCCAGCCCAACCACCAUCAUCACCACCAGCACCGAUACCACCAGCACCGAUACCACCAGCACCGAUACCACCAGCACCGAUACCACCAGCACCGAUACCACCAGCACCGAUACCAGCACUUUUGUUACGUCCGUUACAUCUAUGGCCACGGAAAAUACUACUACUUCAGGUACCACCACAACUCGAAGCACUUCAACCACAACUCGCAAGGCCCCUGGCGAUUUACGUACUGACAUCUUGUAAAAUUACCAAACCUGACAUCCUCACCGCAUGGAAUGGAAUUGCAAAAACUUAUAAUUGAUCUUAAAUAUCCUGGGAAUGGAGCGAUGCUAAUCCGCUUGAAGUGCGCGCCAUAAAUUGAGGGGUUCAGAUAAGAUCUGAAUUGUAAUGUUCACGAAACACGAACGGUGUUCGUAAGAGUCCAAGCAGAGCGUUUGACUGGAGGUGAAAAAUUCUAUUUGCUAUUCCAAUUGAAAACAAGAGGGUAUAAAAAUGCAACAAAAAUUGUUUCCAAUGUGCAAUAAGCAUGGAAAACCAUGUAUUUAAUUUCAUAAUUAUUGGUUACGAAUUGAGGGAAUAAA